AUGAAGUCGCCGUUAGAGAGCCUACCUGUUGAGUUGUUUGAUAUGAUUGCUGCCGAUUUCAGUCUACCAGAGUACCAAAGCCUCCGUCUAGCUUCGCAACAGCUUUACCAGUUCGUCCAUGCAAAGUUUGCGCGCCUGGCCUUUGCCGAGCAAGUUACCACUCUCAGCUCAUCAUCACUUAAUCGUCUCAGCAACGUGUCGAGCCAUCAAGGUCUUCGGGACGCCGUCAAAACUCUCCACAUCCGUCUUCUGAAUGAAGAGGAAUACGCAAAUCUGAAUGCAAUUAGCCGUGUGGGUCGAUUUCCUCCUCCGAAGAGAUUUCCUAGAGUGUUAGGGGUAAGAGACAAGAACGUCAAUGAUGAGGCGGCCACAUAUCCCUACGUACUGCACAACGAACGCCCCUCGCGCCUGUACAAUGGGCUUCUGAAAGUUCUCAAAGGUCUGCCUCAAUUGAAAACCAUUAAACUUAGUAUGAAGCCGUCCGCAUCGUAUAUAUGGGAAUGCAACGAAACAUCUCACAGUCUAUUUCGAAGCAAGUGUUUUGAAGUCGUCAUCUACGCUAUAACCCACAGUAAUAUCAAACUGGAAGAGUUCACCAUGGCCAGAAGAAAAGGCCGCCAGAUUUUGUACAAACCGGUCGAUCUGUCGUUUCUGGCCUUCCAACUGGGCCCAAAAUCUCUACAGACACUACAGCAUUGCUUUUCCAAUCUCCAGUCGCUCACGUUAUCGAUCAUGACAGGCUACGAUGCCCCGCGCCCAGAUGGGUGGGCCAGCAGUAUUUGUGGCUUCAUCGCUGCUGCACCCAACCUCAAGAAGCUGACUCUGGGUCUGGAUCGUGUCAGCGCAAAGUGGCCAUCGUCUUCGUUUGGCGACAUUGUGGUCAAAUCCCUAGCCAUUUCCUGUCGAUUACCACGUCUUGAGACUCUCGAGGUCAUAAACUGUGCAUCCGAUGGGAAAGACUUGGCCGACUUGAUCCGAACGUAUUCUUCAUCGCUUCAAUACAUCGUCCUUUCCCACAUACAGCUCUCAACCGAUAAGUGGUGUCCAAUUGAGGAUGCUCUAAAGGUAUGCCAUCAACUAAGGUAUUUUCGCCUGGUUGCAUUCGAGGACCGCUGGACUAGACUGUCAAUCAAGGCACGAAUUAAUGGUCGUCCGGACUUCGUCUGGGACGUAUACGAAGACCACCAAAACGCGUCUGAUUGGCUCCGCGGAGUCACGGGAUUGGACAGAAGUUGA